AUGGCUACCCUCACCAUGACUCCCUCUCGCCAACCAUUCGCGAGUCUGGAUACUCCGAGGAUGAACACCUUGAUGCGGUCCAAGUUGAACCGUCAGAAUCAGCAAAAUGGAGCCGCCCUAUCUGCAAAGCAAUCCAUCUUCAUCGACAAUUCUGAGAAUAUCGAUCCCAGCAGCCUGAGCUCAUCUGCCAAGCGCAAGCGCAGCUUCGAUGAUGACGAUAUCUCCAAAGGCUCUCCCAAGCCACUCAAGACCUCCCGCAUAUCCCUCACCCGAGACAACAAUGUCUCAUCUCAACUAUCGACUCCGCUGAAAUUCGUUCCCACCACUCCUCGCUCCGCACCUCUCCUCAAGCCCGCUGGCCGGACUCCGCCACCCAAGUCAUGCAAGGCGUUCGGUCGCCGGUCGACCAUCGCCAAGGUCCGUCCCGAGUCCAGCAAGCGCGCUGUCACUCGCCCCUUCUCUCUGGCUACCGCCCUUGCCCAGAACAAGCCCGCUGCCCCGAAGCCCAAAGGACCGGCGUCUUGGUUCUUCGAUAUCCACGUCGACUCGGAGCAGGAAGAGAUGACCAAUCUAAUGCAGCACUCGACUGGCGUUCUUGAUAUCAGCGACGACGAGGGCAAGAGCUCCGUCACUGACGGACGCGGGAAAGAGAAUGUUCCGCCUGCUGAGUUGGGCAUUGAUCUUCCUCACUCUAGUCAGGCAAAUGCCCUGGCUGCUGCGGCUGACGCCCGCAAGGCUUCAAAGAUGGAGGAUGACCGUGCGCCGUUGGGCGAGCUCACUGCUUCCGACUACUACCCCGCAGACUGCAAUGCCUUCUCCUAUACUGUUGUCUAUGACGACGAGAGCGAGAAUGGCCCCUUGAAGAAGCCCCAUGUCCUCACACAGGCGACUUCUCUUCCUCCUGACAUCACCACCUCCAUCGCCUCCCUGCUGGAAACCGCCACUCCUCCCAAGCCGGUAGCUGAGUCUACUAAUACCAACGGCUCAGAUGCAAAGAUUGAGAUUUGGGAAAGCGAGAGCGCUACUGAAGAAGUGUCUCAAGCUUCCGAGGACAAGACCCAGUCCUCUCCUUGA